AGAACUGUCAAAAUAAAUAGAUCAAAACAAAUUCCAUCCACAAAACGGACAGAAAAGCUCAGUUUUCUCUUUCUUAAGUUUAAAACCAGGAUCGACAGUGCCAUGGCCAUCCCCCGGAUAAUGGUGUUUCGGCCCAGCUGGGAGGAGUUCCAGGAUUUUUCCGGCUACAUCAAAUACAUGGAAUCCAAGGGUGCCCACAAAGCUGGACUGGUAAAGGUUGUACCACCCCCUGAGUGGAUUCCCCGUAAACAGGGCUACGAUUUAAAGAACAUAAAUGUAACGAUAAAAACACCGAUAUCGCAAGUGGUCAGUGGUAUGCAAGGUCUCUAUCAGCAGCUCAACAUCCAAAAGCGAUCCAUGACCGUACAGGAGUUUUACGAAAAAACACGUCAGGAGCGGCAUGCUACACCGAGACACUUUGAUUACGAGGAUCUGGAAAAAAAGUUUUGGAAAAACGUCACAUAUGUUGCAGCAACCUAUGGCGCUGAUGUGCCGGGAAGUUUAACAGAUCCAGAAAUCAAAGUGUGGAACAUCAACUGCCUGGGGACUAUACUGGAUUACGUUAACACAGACUACAACAUAUCAAUAGCCGGGGUUAAUACGGCUUACCUUUAUUUCGGAAUGUGGAAGACUACUUUUGCUUGGCACACCGAAGACAUGGAUCUGUAUUCCAUAAAUUAUCUUCACUUCGGUGCUCCGAAAACCUGGUACGCGAUACCCCCAGAGCAUGGGAAAAAACUAGAAAAACUAGCCGAACGGUAUUUCCCUGCCAAUUAUAAUGAAUGCAAAGCUUUCCUGAGGCACAAAAUGACCCUCAUCAGCAUUCAGGUGCUCAAACAAAACGGCAUCCCGUUCAAUAAGAUUACCCAGGAACCGGGCGAGAUAAUGAUAACGUUUCCGUACGGUUAUCAUGCCGGUUUCAAUCAUGGGUUCAACUGUGCCGAAUCGACCAAUUUUGCCACGGAGCGUUGGGUCGAGUAUGGGAAACGCGCUUCGGUUUGCAACUGCCGUCCCGAUAUGGUCAAGAUAUCGAUGGACACUUUUGUGCGCCGUUUCCAACCGGAUCGGUACGAAAAGUGGGUACGUGGAGAGGACUACGGUUAUCAUCCGGAGGAUCCCAACACCUACUGCGCUGCACCAAAACCUAGGUCGUUGCCGAAACAUUUUAGAAGAAUGCUUGACCAACAACUGGAGGACCAAAAACGGGGAUGUGCCCCAGUCAAAAUGACAAAAAGGAAAACUCCUAAGAAGCUGCCCAAAACAAAGGUGAAAACGAUUUGGAGUCAGCUCGACGAUGGUCGAGAACAUGGGAUUUCCAAAAAUAUGCUGCUAGAUGGUCCUGCGAAAAACAACAACCGCAUUCGUUUUCAAACCAAAACCAUAAAGCUUCUAGAUGACUGAGGUCGGAUUACCAAAAAAAAACAUCAACAAAAAAGCAAACAACCAAUUACCCGACCAUGCGGAAGUUUAGUUUAGCUAGUAAAAUUGUCCGACCAUAGUGCAAUCGCAACGAGAAUAUCUGUAGGCAGUAUUUAGAAUCUAAGACGGUAAAUGCGAAGCGGUUUUUAAUCAAUUGAGCGUACCACCCCCAGUCACUUCUUGCUUUUAUUCAAGUUUGGUUGAGAAUUGUUUUAGAGUUUUUUUCUCCCUACAACCGAUUUAGUGCGUACACCUCAAUGUGUUGUGUACAUAGUGAGAUCUCAAUUUAUUUGCUGAAAUAUAAUCAAACUAAGUUAUUUAAUUUAAUUUCAAUUGAUUAUCAAAAGCAUUUUGAAAUG